CAGCUCCUCAUGCUCAUGAGCGACACGGGCGGCGGCCACCGCGCUUCCGCGAACGCCUUGGCGCAGGCGCUGCACCGGCAGCACCCGGGCAAGUUCGAGGUCACGCUCAUGGACAUCUGGAGCGAGAGCGGCGUCUUCCCCUGGAACACGGCGCCGAGCGCCUACCGCUUCAUGGGCAAGCGGCCCUGGCUCUGGCGCUUCCUCUGGUAUUCCACGGCCGCGUACCCGCUCCGCGCGCCGGGCAGGCUCGUGCACGACUUCCAGCUGCGCAAGCGCUUCAAGUCGCUCCUCCUGGAGGCGGACCCGGACGUCAUCGUGUCCGUGCACCCCAUGUGCCAGCACGUGCCGCUGUCCGCGCGCGACUGGCUCGCGGCCCGGAAGAACGAGAGCGUCGUCUUCGCGACGGUCGUCACGGACCUGGGCAGCGCGCACCCCAUGUGGUUCGACUCGCGGGUCGACGCCUGCUUCGUGCCGACGCAGCGGCUCGUGAAGCUCGGCAAGUUCCACGGCGUGCCCGACGGCAAAAUCGUGAACCACGGCCUGCCGCUCCGCGCGGCGUUCUGCGGCCGGUCCAGCGCGAAGCAGGGGCCCCUGCGCAAGGCCCUGGCGCGGCGCAAGCUCGGCCUCGACUUCGCGCGGACCGUGCUCGUCACGGGCGGCGGCGACGGCUUCGGCGCGCUGCCGAAGAUCGUCGACGCGACGGCGCGCGAACUGAGCCGCCUCGCGAUGACGACGGGCAAGCCGCUCCAGCUCGUGGUCAUCUGCGGCCGCAACGAGCGCGUGCGCCGCGACUUCGCGAAGCGCGACUGGGCCGCCGAGUUCCCGGGCGUGUCCGUCGUCGUGAAAGGGUUCGUGAAGAACAUGGAGACGUGGAUGGCCGCGUCGGACGUGCUGUUGACCAAGGCCGGGCCGGGCACCAUCGCCGAGGCCGCGGCGCUGGGGCUGCCCGUGCUCCUCACGGGCUUCCUGCCGGGCCAGGAGCGGGGCAACGUCCAGUGGGUCGUCGACAAAAAGUUCGGCGCGCUCCGCAAAAGGCCGCGCGCCGCCGCGCGGACGCUCGCGGGCUGGCUCCGCGACGGCCGCGCGCUCGACGCCAUGUCGGCCAACGCCCUCGCGUCCGCCAAGCCCAUGGCCACGGACCGCAUCGCCGCCGACCUGUGGGACCUCCUCGCCCGC